GGUACCACUUGUGUCACUUUCUCUUCUCUUUCUAAAUAAUUAAUUUAAUCAGUAGUAGUAACUAGUCCUCCUUUUCCUUCAGUUCAACCAAAACAGGAGGUGUGAAUUUUGCAGUGGAUGCCUAAUCUGAGGUAAGGCCUGUUCAACAUAAGUAUUGUACAGCAAGGUUGUUCAUUAAGAAAGAAUCAAUAUUCAUCUCCAUCAUACCAACCAAAAGAUGCAGGAUCAGGAAGGGGACGCGGUGGAUACCGCAAAAGAAACAUUGAUGUCUGCGCAAGAAACAUCAAAAGAUGAUGAGUGGACAAAAAUUAGGGAUGAUGAUAUUAUGCAACAACACUCUGCUAUCCAGGCUGAAGAAGCUUUAAAAGUUCCAUUUGUUGGUGAUAAGGAACCUGUGUCUUCAUUACAAGCUGAAUAUCAAUCGGGAAGUCCAAUUUUGCUGCAGAAGAUAAAGGUGCUGAGUGAACAAUGUGCUGCCAUUAGAAGAACACGUGGAGAUGGGAAUUGCUUUUUCCGCAGUUUUAUGUUUGCUUACCUUGAACAUAUUCUGAAUUCACAAGAUCAAGCUGAAGUUCAGCGCGUCAAAGCCAAUAUUGAGGAAUGCAAAAAGACACUUCUAAGUUUGGGCUAUGCAGAAUUCACUUUUGAAGACUUUUUCGCGUUAUUCAUCGAGCAACUUGAAAGUGUUCUUCAAGGUAGCGAAGAUUCCAUAAGUCAUGAUGAACUCCUCCAGAGAAGUCGUGAUCCGUCAGUUUCUGACUAUGUUGUAAUGUUCCUCAGAUUUGUAACCUCCGGUGAAAUAAGGAAACGCUCCGGGUUUUUUGAACCAUUUAUACUAGGACUAACAAAUUCCUCAGUGGAGCAGUUUUGCAAGUCAUCAGUGGAACCAAUGGGAGAAGAAAGCGACCAUGUGCAUAUUACGGCUUUGUCAGAUGCAUUAGGGGUACCAGUGCGAGUCGUAUAUCUUGACCGGAGCUCGUGCGAGAACAGCAGCAUUAACCUAAAUCACCAUGACUUUAUUCCCACAUGUGGUAAUGUGGGGAACAAUGGUGAUUCCGAGACCAUAAAUCCGUUUAUUACCUUGCUAUACCGACCAGGGCAUUACGACGUUCUGUACCCCAAGUGAUGCAAUUCAACCAGCACUUCAUAGCCUGCUUUUUUUUCUUCUUUUUUUAAAAUUAAAUUUGUGCAAACAUUUUGUUAACUGGAAAACUUGGCUCCUUGACGUUUCUUGUGAUUAAUUGCAUACAGAGACGCUUUUCUCC